CCGUGCAAAAAAAAAAACACAGAACAAAACAAAAGAACAACAAGAAGGGAACGAAUAAAAAAAACGGAACAGCAAAUAUUGUAAAAUAAUCGAUAUGAAGUUUUUGGACGUCAUUGCAUAAGUCUGUUGGAUAAACUGCAAAGUCAAUUAGAGCGAGAGAGAGAGAGAAAGAUAGAGAACCAAUCAAAAUGGCAAUACACACGUUUGACGCACAUGAUCGGAAUAGCUGGUAUUUUGGUGCAAUGUCACGGCAGGACGCAAAUGAGCUGUUGAUACAAGAGCGUGAUAAUGGCGUGUUCUUAGUGCGCGACAGUAAUACAAUAACUGGAGAUUAUGUUCUAUGUGUCAAAGAGAAUACUAAAGUGAGUCACUAUAUCAUCAACAAAAUACAACAGCACACGCCAUCACUGCAAACCGUUUAUCGCAUCGGCGAUCAUUCGUUUGCCGAUUUGCCAGAGCUGUUAGAUUUUUAUAAAAUCCACUACUUGGAUACGACCGUAUUGAUACGUCCAGUGCAACGUAAAGUUGAAAAAGUGAUGGCCAAAUUCGAUUUCGAUGGUACCGACGGCGAAGAUCUUCCCUUUAAAAAGGGUGAAAUUUUGUAUAUUGUAAGCAAAGAUGAAGAGCAAUGGUGGACGGCACGAAAUGCGCUCGGCCAUACUGGCCAAAUUCCGGUGCCGUAUGUGCAAAAAUGCGACGACAUCAGUAGUAGUAGUCAAGUGAACAACUGCAGCAAUACAUUGGAACGUUCAAUGAAUAACGGUGCUGGUAAUAUAAUGAACAACACUGGAAAAUCUAGUCCUCAUCAGUCUGAUAACACAUUAAAAAAAUCAAAUUUGAAUCGUAAGCUACCAGCGUUGGCGCGGGUGAAACAGGCACGCGUACCAAAUGCAUACGAUAAAACUGCGCUGAAGCUCGAAGUUGGUGAUGUCAUCACCGUGACUAAAACAAAUAUUAAUGGCCAAUGGGAGGGUGAAUUGCGUGGCAAAACCGGCCAUUUCCCAUUCACGCACGUCGAAUUCAUCGACCAAGACCAUCACCAUCAUCAUCAUCAUCACAAUGCCACCGAUGAAUGGAAUACAACCGAAUAGGACCAAAGUACAGAGAUAAAACAAAAACAAAAAUAAAGAAAAAAACAAAUGAUAUUCUUUCAUCGUAAUUAUAUUUACUCCUAAUUUAACUAAGCUAUUUGAAAAACUUUAAAGAAUUGAUUAACAAGAAAUUAUAUAAAAUGAUAAAAGUGAAAACAGAAACAAACAAAAACACAAAGUAAAAGUUGUACUAUGCAUUUACUUGCGCAACAACCAGAGCCCUAAGUUAGCGGGAAGAUACUAUUUUUUUUGCGCAGCUAAAUGAACUUGUAGAAAUGAACCCGCACCUAGGGUGUGUUACAUGUUAAGAAUUGUAUAUUUAUGAUCAUGAACCAUGAUUUGGAGUAACAAAGAAAAAACUCAAAACACUUCAUCUUGUAAAGUCAAAGCCUAAAUAAAACAUUUGUGUGGAUCUCUUCGCCAUGCGCCGUUCUACAAAAUAAAAUAAAAA